UCGAAAAAGAUUUUAAAAUUAUUCUAACGUUUGUUUAUUUAUCAGUGCAUCAAAAAAAAAGUGAAUAAACAUGGUUCUUACAAAGGCAGUUGCAUCCGUUCAACGAAUGACGACCCGUAACUUAGCCGUUAAAUUACGCCACUAUGAAGGUAAAGCCGGCGAAAGAGACUGGAGAUACUUUACAUGGAAGGGAAUGAAGAAGAACUAUGCUGUAUUGCCACUUGUUUUCAUCAUGACUGGAGCUGUUGCUGGCUUGGCUGCAUUUAUUGGGUAUGCCUCAAAGACUCGUGUGGACGUAAGUUUCAAUCGAGCAAACCCACAAAUUUGUGAAUCAAUGGAUAUGAUGAAUCCAGAAGUAAAUAAGAUGCGCAUUGUCAAUCAACAAUACAAACCCAAUCCAGAGUUAAAGGCUGCUUUGGAUGCAAUUAAGGAGUAAAAAUAUGGGAUAGAAUUUGACAGAUUAAAAAAAUCCCUAGUCUGAUUCGAUUAUUCCAAAUUCUCUGAUUGAGCAUCAAUAAGCGAUUAAUAUUUAUAAAACAUA